UUGUAAUAGUUUAUUUUGAUAACAUCUGCAGAGGUCUUAUGUUUUAAAUUAAUACAUAUAGAAAGAUAUUAUAAUAGACAAUAUUAAGGAGAAUAUUGAUAUUGUUAUUAAUGUAUUAUGAAGCAUAGGGGUAAUAUUUACUCUAUGCAAAUGUAAAUGGCAAGAAUUAAUGUAUGUUGCAUGAGAGUGACUGUAUGUUAGUAUUAUAGAUUGACGAAGCCGGUUGAAAUCCGUGAAAUGACUUACAAUAACAAGAGACUUUUAUUGUGAAGGUGACUUUAAUUGACGGGAAUCUUAUUGUGAAAGCGACUGAAACCGGAAGUGACUGUUUGACCGAAAACAGGAAGAGUAUAUGACUGCGUGUUUGUAGAGGGAACUUUCUCUUUUCACAGGUAAGCCCCGAGGGGAAAGGCUGAGCUCCCGAGCCGGGACACGAGGAAAGAGCGCUUUGAAUGUUUGAUUCACUUUUCCUGCCAUUAAAUGUUGAUAACUUAAUCCAUGCGUGUCCGGAAGCCUGUUUCUCCACCAUCUGCGUAGUGCCCCAGUUUUGAGAAUACCUUACAAUUAAUUAAAUAAAGUCGGACAGAUUUCAGUUUCCUUAAGGAAUAAGCAGCAAGCCAAAGAAACGGUGACAUCCAGCUCGAGCUUCUCGUUGAUCACGUGUUGGUGACGUCAGAGCAGGCGGACUCACGUCGGACACGCACCCCCGCGCAUGCGUAGUGCGCAGGUGGACUCUGGCUCCUCUCCAGCGAGCCUCUGUGUUGUCUCCGUGUCUCCAGGAGAAAUGCUGAGACUGUUGGUGAAGCAGCAAGUCGACGCGGUCGUUGAAGAGGCUUUUGUGCUGAUGGACACAUUAACAGCAGCUUAUGAGGACACCGCGUCUCGUCUCGGAGAACAUGAGCUACACACAUCAGGGAGGAACUUUAAACACCUCACGGUGCUCGAGGCAAACUGGUUACGGGAUCUGCAGGUGGACAUCUUUUGGGACGGUCUUCAAAAUGGCGGCCAGAGCAACUUCUGGAGGAGGAAGCCGACUGUAAAGUGAUCCAACUGAUAUGUCCCCCCUGAGGACCAGGACCCGGUGGACCCGGAGCUCCUUCACAUAAAAGAGGAGCCGGAGCCCCUCCACAUGAAAGAGGAGCCGGAGCCCCUCCACAUGAAAGAGGAGCCGGAGCUCCUCCACGUAAAAGAGGAGCCGGAGCCCCUCCACAUAAAAGAGGAGCCGGAGCUCCUCCACGUAAAAGAGGAGCCGGAGCCCCUCCACGUGAAAGACCUGCAGGAUCUCUGGACCCAUCUAGAGGGAGAUCAGCUCAUUGUGCUGCAGGAGGCCGAUAUCACCACGUUCUCAUCCAUUGUUGUUACUUUGAAGAGUGAAGAUGACGAACCUCAGACCUCACAGCUUCAUCAAAGCCAGACGGAGGACGACAGAGAGGCGGAGCCUCCUGUCGGCAGCUCAGCUACACCGAUACAAACAGAAACUGAUGGAGAGGACUGUGUGGGAUCAGGACCAGCCAGGAACCUAAAUCCACUUCGUCUUUCACAUCCAAAUGCUGAUGAAAAGGCUUCAGGAUCUUCUGACACUGAAGUCAUUCAUGGUGAUUGGCAAGAACCGUUGUCAGAUUCUGGACCUGAAAGUGAAGACGGGGAUGAUAUCUGGAAGGAGACCAGGGAAUCCUUCAGCUUCUUCAAGUGUAGUAAACGGUUUUACCACAAGGGGUUUCUGCAGAAACACAUGAGGUGUCAUUUUGGAAAAAUAUCCUCCAACUAUUUGGAUCAAAAGAAAUGUUUUAGAGAGAAGCCAAAGAAAGAAUCACAGGCAAGAGGUCGUACAGUAGAGAAACCAUUCAGUUGUGAUGUUUGUGGGAAAAGAUUUACAGAACGGGGAGCUCUGAAGAGACACAUGAUAGUCCACACAGGAGAGAAACCAUUCAGUUGUGAUGUUUGUGGGAAAAGAUUUACAGAACGGGGAGCUCUGAAGAGACACAUGAUAGUCCACACAGGAGAGAAACCAUUCAGUUGUGAUAUUUGUGAGAAAAGAUUUACACGACAGGGAAGUGUGAAGACACACAAGAGAGUCCACACAGGAGAGAAACCAUUCAGUUGUGAUGUUUGUGGGAAAAGAUUUACAAUACAGGGACGUGUGAAGACACACAUGAGAGUCCACACAAGAGAGAAACCAUUUAGUUGUGAUGUUUGUGGGAAAAGAUUUACACAACAGGGGUGCGUGAAGUCACAUAUGAGAGUCCACACAGGAGAGAAACCAUUCAGUUGUGAUGUUUGUGGGAAAAUAUUUACAGAACGGGGACAUCUGAAGAGACACAUGAUAAUCCACACAGGAGAGAAACCAUUCAGUUGUGAUAUUUGUGGGAGCAGAUUUACAGAACGGGGAGAUCUGAAGAGACACAUGAGAGUCCACACAGGAGAGAAACCAUUCAUUUGUGAUGUUUGUGGGAAAAGAUUCACACAACAGGGAGGUGUCAAGAUACACAUGAGAGUCCACACAGGAGAGAACAUUUGAAAUAAAUGUAAAUGUUUCAAAUGAAAUUUGUUUCUGAAUGAGAUGGAGGGCAAAGUGUUUGUUCAACAGCUGAUGAAUCUUUUAAAUAACAAUGACAACAUAUUGUUUGUCUAUGAUGGAGGAAACAAAAAACUAAGAAUAUAUCUUUAUUUAAAAUGCAUAAUUCUUUGUAAUGUUUUUAAAUCUACAUGUGAACUCGGCCCUGUUAUGGCUGAGUGUCGGCUGACUGCUGUGGUCCGGCUUGAUGCGGCUACAUGUGAGCCAGCUUUGGCCUUUUUCAUUUUAGCGAUAUAUAUUGUAAGAGCCACAAGUGUGUUUUUAGUAAAUUGAAAUUUCAGAAUUGUUUAUAAUUUAAUAUUCAGAAAUAUGCUCACGGUGUAGGAACUAUAGGUGAAAUAUAUUGAAAGAUGUUUAUGUUAAUGACUGAUGCUCGAGUCAGGUGAUUUAAUGACGUCAUGACGGCAGCAGGUGUAAGGAAAGAGCCGCAUUAGACAAGAGAGCAAAUCUUUUUUUACCAAAUGACCGUGUGAUCGUUUUGAACGUUUAUUCAUUUUGUACUUUGUCAGCGUUUUUUUCUGUUCAAAAUAAAAUCCAAAGAAAAGAAGAUGAA